AUGAGAGUCUUCCAGCUUGCAACUUUAUUUUUGGUAUCAACAACACCAACAGCCUUUUCCUUUGUGCCACAAAGCGCUCGAACCCUCACUGAUGUUUCGCUGAGUGCCAAGAAUAAUAAGCUAUCCCAAUAUGACCCCUUUCAUCUGGACCAUCACGAGACGACCUUAUUGGAGCCAAACAUGAAAAUAGGUGAUUCUGCGGAAACCAAGGCGCUAGCACUGGGAGCUCUUGCCAUGAUUGGAACUCCUGCAUCUGCCUCUGCAGCAACCGCCUUUACUGCCACCGCCAUUCCCGGUGCCUUGGCAGCCUAUGGUCACUAUGCUUCUCUACUGGGAAUGUUGGCAUGUGUCAUGAUUGAACGACUUACCAUCAAACCAAACAUGUCGGAAAGGGAAGAGGAUUUCCUUGCUGCCGCUGAUAUUGCCUUUGGCUUUUGGGGAUUACUCAUUACGUAUACUGGAUAUUUACGUGCGACCGCCUAUGAAAAGGGAUUCGAUUUCUACUCCCACGAACCACUCUUUUGGCUGAAGAUUUGUUUCCUUGGUAUCUUUGGAGCAUCUUCAUUUUUCAACACGACCAUUAUAGUCAAGAGAAGCAUUGCCAAGCGCAAUGGUGAAUUUGAACCCAUGAGCGAGGCCCUCGCACAACGAAUGAUCAAAAUCUGCAAUGCCGAACUUUUCGCCAUUGGCAUCAUUCCCUUGACUGCAACCUUCAUGGCUCGUGGAGUUUUGUAUAGUGAUUCCAUCCCGUGGCAAGCCGAAGCAGGCUUGUCGGCUGCUGUCUUUGUCGGUCUUAGCUAUAAGUAUCUCAAUGAAGCUUUCACGUUUGAAGACUAA